CUCGGGUCGCUGCCGGGCGGCGGCGUCGCGUCGGUCGGCAUGCGGCUGACGGGCAGCAGCGGGGGCCGGGAGCCGUCGCUGCUCGCCGCGGCGGCGAUGGACUCGCUGCCAGGGGAUGUGCUCAUGGCGGAUGAUGAUCUGCUCUCAUCCCUGGACUACCUCCUCGGAGACGGCGCGGGCAUCUGA